GGCAGCGGCGGCGCACGCACAGACAUCGACGCACAUCACAUAGCUCCGAACGACAACCAACCACAGCAACAAAAACAAAACAACAACGAAGGAAAAUACACACAGAAAUAACGAAAGGCGAGCAUCAACAACCACCCUGUGGUUAGGUUAAUUACUUACUACUUGCCGACUUUUUUUUUUGCAUUGUAAUCUCGUCUCUCUCACUCUCCAAAGAUACACUGAGCAUAUAACCACAAACGCCACAAUCCUCCGCUGAUUCUGUUGUCCCUCGUUGAUAUUUAUACAGCGCACAACACGGACAAUGUGGAUUUUUUCUCGUCGUUUCAGGUGCGACGGAAAAUGAGCGCGAGGGACGACUGCCCAGCGUAAUCAGGGAUGGGAAAUUCUGAUAUAUUCCCACCCCUCCCUCUCUCUACUCCUCCGCUUUUCUCGUUCGUUCGCGUAACCCAAAACGAGUAGUUUGGACAUACCUGGAUUCCGGACAGGAGAUUUUAUGCGCGCCACAGCGGGAAAACAAUGCCUCGACCGGGAAGGACUGACGUAACCGCAUCAGUUACCAAAUAAUACACAAAUAAAAAAAGACUCCGUUAUAUGGCAUACAUGUGCGCAAACAUCCAUUCGUAAGCACACAUCAAACAUUUUACCAGCUGCGGAUGAGCUCUCCUCUGCGCUGCGAUGGGUCCUUGGAUGCUGCUGUACCUGCUCGCCAUUGUGAAAAGAAGUCUCGGGGUCAACACAGAGGAGCGAUUGGUGGAGUACCUCCUCAACCCCGCCCACUACAACAAACUGAUCCGGCCGGCGACCAAUGGGUCGGAGGUGGUGACGGUGCAGCUGAUGGUGUCUCUGGCCCAGCUCAUCAGUGUGCACGAGAGGGAGCAGAUCAUGACCACGAAUGUCUGGCUAACACAGGAGUGGCAGGACUACCGGUUGGCUUGGGUCCCGGAAGAGUUUGACGGGAUGCUGAAGGUUCGCCUGCCCUCUAAGCACAUCUGGCUGCCAGAUGUUGUGCUUUACAACAAUGCGGACGGGAUGUACGAGGUGUCCUUCUACUCCAAUGCGGUGGUCUCGCACGACGGCAGCGUCUUCUGGCUGCCGCCCGCCAUCUACAAGAGCGCCUGCAAGAUCGAGGUGAAGCACUUCCCCUUCGACCAGCAGAACUGCACCCUCCGCUUCCGCUCCUGGACCUACGACCGCACCGAGAUCGACCUGGUCCUGAAGACCGACGUGGCCAGCAUGGACGACUUCACGCCCAGCGGCGAGUGGGACAUCAUCGCCCUGCCGGGUCGGCGCAACGAGAACCCGGCCGACUCGGCCUACGUGGACAUCACCUACGACUUCAUCAUCCGGCGCAAGCCCCUCUUCUACACCAUCAACCUCAUCAUCCCCUGCGUCCUCAUCACCUCGCUGGCCAUCCUGGUCUUCUACCUGCCCUCCGACUGCGGGGAGAAGAUGACCCUGUGCAUCUCCGUGCUGCUGGCCCUCACCGUCUUCCUGCUGCUCAUCUCCAAGAUCGUGCCCCCGACCUCGCUGGACGUCCCGUUGGUGGGGAAGUACCUGAUGUUCACCAUGGUCCUGGUGACCUUCUCCAUCGUCACGAGCGUGUGCGUGCUGAACGUGCACCACCGCUCCCCCACCACCCACACCAUGCCCCCCUGGGUCAAGCUGGUCUUCCUCGACCGGCUGCCCACCCUCCUGUUCAUGCAGCAGCCCCGCCACGGUUGCCAACGGCAACGGCUGAGGAGGAAGAGGCGGGCUUUGGAGCAGGGGGCCGGGGUCGUGGGGGGAGUCGGGAGAGCGGGGGCGACGCCGGCGGGAAGCCCCGCCCCCCCGGGCGGCAACGGCGACCCCUGCCCCUGCUACGUUAACCAGGCGUCCGUCAAGCAGCUGGGGGCGGAGCCCGGGGUCGGGGUCGGGGCCACGGAGGGGCAGAACGGGCUGCGGGAGAGGAAGGACAGCGUGGGCGUGGGCUCCGCCCCCCUGCAGACCUCCAGCCUGACGCGGCCCGCCAAACAGCCUCCCCCGCAGCCGACGCCGCCCAUCCUGACGCAGGCCCUGCUGGGGCAGGCCUGCCCCGGGUUCGAGGAGGCGGUGGAGGGGGUGCGGUUCAUCGCCGACCACAUGAAGGGCGAGGACGAAGACCAGAGCGUAAGCGAGGACUGGAAGUACGUUGCCAUGGUGAUCGAUCGCCUCUUCCUCUGGAUCUUCGUCUUCGUCUGCGUCGUCGGCACGGUGGGGAUGUUCAUGCAGCCGCUCUUCCAGAACACCACCGCCAAGGCCCUCCUCCAAACGCCCGGCUGACCAAUCAGCCCCUCCGCAUCACAGACGGACAAUGGCAGCAGCCAAUGCUGAUCAGCCUUGGGACAGGGGGAGGGGGUAAAAAAACACACACACACACACACACACAAAAAAAAGGGGGCCUUCCCGGAAAGAUUCUUUGACGCAUUUGCAAAACUGGACUUAAUCUAAAAAAAAAAAACUCCCAAAAGCAACAGAUUUCGAGUUUAUACAAGGUUUAGAAAAUUUAUAUGAAACUUUUUUUUUUUUUUUUGUCAAUAGGAUGACAACCCGCCUUUUUGGGACGUCCCCCCCCCCCCCCCAACCCCUUAA